AUGAACACUCUUAUCCGCAACAAGACCACCGCUGUACAGGCGCACGCCCUCGAAGAUGGGCGUGCCAACCCCCUGAAGCCUGGAGCUAAGCAUUCCAGCGAGUAUUUCAAGAUACUCGAGGACGCAGAGCCCGUUGCAUGUUGUCGGCAGUUUGAGUUCCCCGUUAAUGAUGGCAUUGCAGGGGGAUGGGUCGCGGCGGCACUCUCCCGAGUUUAUGCUCUGGAAGGCUGGAAGGGAGAAAGCCUUUCUAAACUGAAGGCCACCUUCAACUUCCAGCCCGCCAAGGACGAGCCGUUGUGUCUGGACAAGGAUCGCAUAUGCAUGGAGAACCAUGGCCGGAAAGGCUAUGGGUUCUGUGCCGUGCGUUGGAAAGUAGGAACACAGUUGGAUGACCGCCGAGAAGGGGAAGCAGAGGCGGAACGAGGACCAGAAGGAGAGUGUGUUUUGCCAUCCUCAUCUUCCUUAGGCUGGUGA